CAUUGGAGUGUCAGCUUAGACUUUGUGAUUCCAAGUCCUGAUGUGCGACUCGAUCCCACAACCUUUCUGUCUCAAGAGGCAAGAGUGCUUCCAAUGAACUAAGCUGACACAGCAAGUUGAGAAGAUCAACAGACCAGAAGUUGGUGGCUCAUGCUGCGGACUGCUUCCAUAGGUGCCAGUACUCGUCUUGUACCUUGUCAUGACACCAGCAUUGGCUACAAGGAAACAGCUGCAAAUAGCUAAAUGUUUACGCCAGCAGAAACUGUUGCAGAAAGGAAACCCACAUCCAUUUCAUCUUUACUGAAAAGAGGAAGAGAUUGCAGUCGAAUCUUUCUGAAGUAAAGGAGAUCUUUUGGAACUGGGGCUCUCUUCACUGAAGUUCAGGACUUUAUGUACAUUGGAGGAAAGCAAAACAAAAUUCAAUUUGUAUUCAGUUGGUAACCAGCAACCCCUACAUAUGCAAAAAUUAGACGUAUUCUUUAUAGAAGUAAAAGCCAGAAAAUAAAGAAUUACCGACUGUGUCUACCAAUGAAUUAUUUACAAUCAGCAAAUGGGAGCAAAUCAGUAAAUGCCUUUACAAUGCAUGGAAAUGCAACAGAUGGUUCAAACUGUACCAUAAGUGAAGACUUUCUGAUUGUUCUUUUACCUACGGCAUACAGCUUGAUUUUUCUAACCGGGCUGACGAGCAAUAUUUCAGCACUGUUUAUAUUCCUCUUCAUUCGUGGCAAGAAAAAUUCCAUUCAGGUGUACCUGAUCAACAUGGCCAUUGCAGACCUUCUCCUGAUCAUCUGCCUCCCGUUCAGAAUAGCGUAUCACGCAAAUCAAAAUGUGUGGAUGCUAGGAAAAAGUUUCUGUGGAUUAGUAGGAAAUAUAUUUUACAUGAAUAUGUAUAUCAGCAUUACACUGCUGGGCCUCAUUAGUGUGGAUCGGUACUUGAAAAUCACAAGGCCACUACAGCACUUCAAAUUACAGGGGGUCACUGGAAGCAGUAUCAUCUGUGGUGUGAUCUGGGUUAUCUCAAUUCUGGUCGUUAUACCGAUGGUUGUGAAUAAAAAAAAAGAUAAUUCGCUAGACAAUUCUAAAUGCUUUCAUUUCAGAUACAGAAAGAAUUUUAGAACCUACAUCAAUCUCAUCAUUGUGUUCGGUUUUUGGAUCGUAUUCUUUUUCCUCGUUCUUUCAUAUGGAAAGAUUGCUAGGAAACUGUGUAAACUCGGCAAGGAAAGAGUUGGUUUUUCUAACAACAAGAUUCACAGAAGAGCUGCAAGAAAAACAUUCAUCGUUCUUUUCAUUUUCAGCGUGUGUUUUGUUCCCUAUCAUAUUUUCCGGUUCUUUUACAUAGCAGCUCAGUUACAAGAAACAAGUUGUUACUGGAAAAACACGGUGAAUAAAAUAAAUGAGAUAUCGCUCCUGUUUUCUGCUUUCAACAGUUGCCUGGAUCCAAUAAUGUACUUUCUGCUCUCAAAGAGAGUCAGAAGAACUGUACUGAGUUUAAUUAGUGAACGAUUCCAGAGAGAUAUGACAAGAAGUGAAAGUACUUGAAUUCCUUACAUGCAUUUGUCUAAAGCAAUUCAGAGUAUAUCAGAGUAUAUCAGCCCAAUUUAGACUUUUUUUUAUAAUUUCUUAAAACAAUUAUUUUUAGAUCACUAACAUUUUUCAAAAUAUAUUGAUAUUAGAGUAAAGCCAAAUAGACCAAAAUCUUAUUCCAGCAUAUUUUGAACCUUGGUUCUAAUCCAGCCAGACUGAUGAAAUGAAAAUUUCCUUUCUUUUGCUGGAUGAAAACAUUCCAGGAAGGUGAAUAUGUUUGGUUAGUCUUCACCCAGGAAUAAAUCUGCAGCACAAAUCUACCUCUGACUCACAGUCUCACUUCUACAAAGCCUUAGGGACAGCUGUUUUUUUUUUAAAAAAGAAGGAAACAACACAAAAAAUGCAGUUUGGAAUUUUUUUGAGGAUACACCAAAGGUCAAAGUUUGCUACUUAACAGUCAGAUUCUUUAAUAUCAAAUAGGGAGAGAGCUAAUUUUAAAGGGUGAGUAAAAUGCAUCAAAAUUGCUCAUUGGAGACAUCUUGAAAGCAAUCAUUUUGGGGCAUUAUUCAUUCUCUCCCAAAAUACAUUCCAGUGAUAACUGGGGAGACCAUUGUUCUGGCAUUUUGUUACUGAAAAUAAUACUCAUAAUUAUCCCAUAAAGGAGCGUUUAUGUAAAAACCGGCUCCCAGAUGGACUCCAGCCAGCAACAACAAAAUUACCUUUGUAAAGCGCC